AUGCGAGCCCCGGCCCCGCUGGCGCUGGGUUGCGUCAGCUUCGCGCUGUGCCUUCUGGAGCUGCCCCACGGCCGGGCCCUGCCGCCGCGCAGGGCCCCCCCGGCGCGGAGCCCCCCGGAGGGGAUCCCCGCUCUCCCCGGAGACCCCCCGGCCGCGCAGCCCAUCGGGACCCUGCGACACCGAGCCGCGGGUCCGCGGCACGGCCCGUGGCUCGCCCCCCGGCCCCCGCCGUGGCACGUCCGGCGCCUCCUCCUGCGGCGGGACCCCCGGCGGGACCCCCGGCGGGACCCGCGGCCGCCCCGGGGCCGCCGCCACGCCGGGGGGCACCUGGUGCGGGUGGGCUGCGUGCUGGGCACCUGCCAGGUGCAGAACCUGAGCCACCGCCUGUGGCAGCUGCGGGGACACUCGGGGCGCCGCGACUCGUCCCCCAUGAACCCCAACAGCCCCCACAGCUACGGCUGA